ACUAUAUUUGCCCAAUUAUAUUCAUCGCUCUAGAGUGUAAUAUAAUAUUAAUUGUUGAAACUUGAAAGUGUUGAGAGCCGGCCAACGAAUGCAACAUAGGAGUAGUCAUAUAAAGCAGUUAACUUAGGUGCUCUCAAUACACACAACACGAAAACCAUUUUCAUCAACCCCAAGAACACUUUUCUUGUUAAGCUAUAAGUUUUUUUUUCUUUUUUCUUUGGUGACUAUGGAGAUUGAAUCUGUGAGAUGUGAGUGUUGUGGAUUGAUGGAAGAGUGUACACAAGAUUACAUUAGUGAAGUCAAAUCCAACUUCGACAACAAAUGGCUCUGUGGUCUUUGCUCAGAAGCCGUGAGAGACGAAGUCAGUCGCCGGAAGAUGACUACUGUUGAUGAAGCUGUUAGGGCCCAUGUGUCGUUUUGUGGGAAGUUUAAAGAUAAUCCGGCUGUUCUUGUGGCCGACGGUAUGAGGCAGAUGCUAAGGAGGAGAUCCGGCGACCUGACUUCCUCUGCUUCCAAGAAAUUUGGCAGAUCUAACUCCACCAAGUUGUACUAAAUAAUGAUCUUUUUCUUGUUUUGUUAAUUAAUUAAUGUAUAAUAAUAAUAAUAAAAAAUUAUGUAUAAUAUUUUAUGUAUUUUUUUGUUUAACUGUCAUAAAUGAUGGUCGGUGAUGCUAUAACUGAUCAGUUGAUUAUAUUCAGAUUUGUCAAUUUAGUUUAUCUAGUUUUGAUCUCUA